AUGGAGCCCAGGGUGAUCUGCGUCUUGAUGUUGGUGUGCGUGCUGACCCUCAGCUCCCUGGCCCGGGGCGAGCUUGAGACGUGUGUGGUGGACCCCCCCCAGAGAGCAAACUGCGGCCCUCCGGGUAUCACGUCUUCCCAGUGUAAAGCUAAGGGCUGCUGUUUCGACAACACUCUUCGUGGAGUCCCGUGGUGCUUCCACCCUGUGGCCGUGGACAACGCUGCCGACGAGGAGUGCUCCUUCUAGAUGCUCUUCGGGGCCGCGGCACCAGGAGCUGCAAUGGCCUCGGCCGGCGGCCGGGAGCCCAGCCACGUCACCGGCAGGCACUCGGGGCCCUCCGCAUCCGCGCCUCGGCUCCUGGACGGAUGGCACACACCCCUGGACUCAAAAUUGGCUUAACGAUUA